GCUAGUUCCCCUCGGAUCAGUGUGACGGUUCUCCUCUAAUCUAAGGUAGACACAAAAUGCUGGUGAAACUCAGCGGGUGAGGCAGGAUCUAUGGAGAGAGGGAAUGGGGGAACAUUUCGGGUCGAGACCCUACUGCAGACUGAAUCCACUAAUCUAACCAUUACGUGGUAAGUGGCCGCGGGGACGUGCGAGAGUGGGUGUGGAGGAGGCCCCAAGCUGACAAAUGACACAUGAUCUCACUUUGACUUGUUGAUUUCAAACUCCCCGCAGCUGCGUAAAGAAACCGUUUGUUCCAAUGAAGGCGAAGUGACUCAGUCCUUCCCCUUUCCCCAGAGCGCUGCCUGGCUGGGACACACACACACAGAGAGAAACAGACAGAGACCCCCCUCGCCGAGUGCCCCGGGCACGGACGAUGCCCAGCGCUGCCCACAGGACAUUCACAAGUCUACCCAGCCCACGGCUGCUACUGCCAUGGAUGCAUCAGAGCCGCCCAACGCGGUCAGGAGAUCCCGCAGCUUCCACUUUAAGAGCCUGACAACAUUCCUCGGCAAAAUGAGCAACCGAAGAGCAAUAGAGCAGGAGGCUAAAGACGCAUGUGAUUGGCUGCGGGCAGCAGGAUUUCCUCAGUAUGCACAGCUCCAUGAAGACUCCCAUUUUCCUAUUGACAUCACAGCUGUCAAGAAUGAUCAUGAUUUUCUCGACAAGGAUUCAUUGAAAUCUGUGUGCAGGCGCCUGGUGAUUCUGAACAAAUGUGCCAAUGUAAAGACUGAUGCCAACACUAACAGGAAACUGGUUGAUGAUUCUGAUGAGGACGACGUCUGUGCCAUCAGUGACCGUUGGGCAUUUCAGCGAGAGAGCGGGAGGUGGUCGCGCCUGGCAGCUGCUGACUUCACAUUGACCCAAGGCGAGGUCCGCAGCUCGAUAAUGAAGGAAUCUGCCAGCCGUGAGAGCGUUCUGUCAGAGUUCAGCGAUCGGGAAGCCAGCCCGGUGCACAGUAGCGCCAGCACCGGGAGCAUCCAGGAAGCGUUGGUCGGCCGAACCGUCGACAAUCAGUCGCCGCCAAAGGAAAACCCUGGGAGCGUCCCGGUGGCUCAGUCCCAAUCAGCAGAGCAUCCUCACAACUGCACGCACGACAAGCUCCAUGUUCCCACCGGAGAUCAAACCACUCCGCACUUCACGGAGAUCCCCAGGAAACAGAGGACCAAGAGCUUUCUCCGACGGAUUGAGUCCAUUCGGUUUAAGUCCCUCCGGACCAAAUCCAAGAACAAGGAGCCAAAGCACGUCAAGGUAGUAUUGCAACAAUUUAAUGAAACAUUACAGAGCUCCAGCCCUUUGCAAACUGGGAGCAAGAACCCCAAGGGAUUGACGGAUACCUUAACUCAUUCCGGCGUGCCUUCACUUGCUGAGUGUGGAUGUGUAGAACACUGCUCGGGCAUUUCUAGAAGGGGCCACAGCUCAAAGCAUUGUGCACUGUACCUGGAAGACUAUGAAAUGGGCUUCAGGGCCUCCAAUCACAAUAGACUAGAUGAUUUGUGUUCUCAGGAAGAGUACGUUGUCCGUAUCCCUUCAAAUCACAAGUUGGGAACCUUUCCCAAAGCCCUCUCCAUAGAGAGCCUGUGUCCAGGUGCUGACAACCACUUGGUCAAAUGGAGAUCUGGGCUCGGCUCCUUUGGGAUGUCUAACAGUGGCAGCAGCAACAAUUUCCAAGGACUCUGCUUUCAGGGACGGAGCGGUUCCUGCAGCUCCGUGGAUAGCAGGCAGAGUUUCUACGACAAUGUGCCGGAGACUAACCCAUCUCACGACGUAGAUGGGUCUGAGAACUACUUCAAACAACUGGAUGAUGUUUUGAAGCACGUCAAUGGAAUAAAGCAGAAAGUGGACAGUUGGUCAAAAAUGAUAUGCUCUGAUUACAACGACACUGAGUCUGACUCUACUGGAGAAACGGUGUUCCCUUUGCAAAGUGCGAACUUUGAAGACCGCUCAAUGUCUGAUGUGGGGACAACUGCCAGUGAUUUUGACAGCAUUGGGAAUUCACUAAAUGAAGUUGAAGAAAUGGAGAUGAGGGACCGGAGGGACUCUGGAGUCGGGGCUUCAUUAACCAGACCUAACAGGAAGCUACGUUGGCACAGUUUCCAGAACUCCCACCGCCCCAGCCUGAAUUCUGCUUCAAUGGAAAUCAACCGGCAGUCAGCAGCUCAGCUCAACCUGCUGCAGCGAUUCUCCUUACUGCGUCUCACUGCCAUCAUGGAGAAAUACGCUGUCCGCAGCAAGCAGGGCUGGAACUGGGGUGUUCCUAAAUUUAUGAAACGAAGCAGGGAACCAGAUUACCGAGGCAAAAAUGUAUUUGGAGUUCCGCCCAUAGUGAACGUCAAGAGGUCGGGGCAGCCCUUACCUCAAAGCAUCCAACAAGCCAUGCGUUACCUGCGUGGUCAGUGCAUGGGCCAGGUUGGAAUUUUCAGGAAGUCGGGCGUGAAAUCGCGAAUCCAGGUCCUGAGGCAGAUGAAUGAGUACAAUCCUGACAAUGUUAAUUACCAGGGUCAAUCACCAUUCGAUGUAGCAGACUUGCUGAAGCAGUAUUUCCGAGACCUCCCAGAACCUAUCUUCACCGGCAAACUGAUAGAAACUGUUCUACAGAUCUACCAGUAUGUACCAUUGGAUCAACGUCUCCAAGCUGUUCAGGCCGCCAUUGUGCUGAUGCCGGAUGAGAACCGUGAGGUUCUUCAGUCAUUGUUGUACUUCCUCAGUGACAUUGCAUCGGUGCAACAAAACCAGAUGACGGCCGGGAAUCUGGCUGUGUGCCUCGCGCCGUCGCUGUUCCACCUCAAUGUACCGAAGAAAGAAAGUUCCUCACCAAGAAUGAUCCGCAAGAGAGGUGUUCUCAGCAAGCCCGACCAGAGGGACCUCAGUGAGAAUCUGGCUGCAACUAAGGGACUGGGCCACAUGAUCACAGAGUGCAAGAAACUGUUCCAGAUCCCCCAUGAUAUCAUGGUGCAGUCUCGGAACUCCUACAUUGCUGCUGAUGCUCACCUGUUUCCCAUGGAGGGUUUCAGGAGACAUCCCAGUGGCAUGGUCAAGGACUACAUGACCCACAUGGAGGACACAAUCCAGGCUCUACUGAGAGAGGCGGGAGAGAAGUUUAAAGGCUGGACCAGCACUGUCGGACCUGUGAACACUGAGCUUUCCUACAAAAAGGUCGGUGAUGGAUAUCCCCUUCGUUUAUGGAAGGUAAUGACUGAAGUAGAAGCGCCGCCAAACUCUGUGUUAAACCGCCUGCUCCGCGAGCGACACCUCUGGGACGAUGACGUGUUGAUGGGGAAAAUUGUGGAGCAUUUGGACAAAAAUACUGAGAUCUGCCAUUAUGCCCUGGACAGCAUGGCACCGCAUCCCAGGAGGGACUUUGUAAUUCUGAGGACCUGGCGGGCAGAUUUGCCGAAGGACUUGUGCGUUCUGGUAGCAGCCUCCAUUGAGUGUGACUCGGUGCAGCUGGAGGGAGGUGUACGAGCAGUGGUGUUGAGCUCCCAGUACCUGGUUGAACCUUGUGGUCCAGGUCGCUCCCGGCUCACGCACAUCUCCCGAACUGAUCUGAGGGGCAGGUCUCCUGAAUGGUACAACAAGGUCUCGGGAUAUCUUUGUGCUGUGGAGGUUGCCAGGAUACGGGACUCCUUUCUGCCACGUAACCCCCCGUAAGGGCUAGCGAUCAAAAUCUGUAAUGGACUGACACUUCAUACAGAAGGAAGGUGUUUAUGUUGAGUGUGCAUGGUGGAAGCUGCCAUUUAAUGGCAAAAGGUCUUCUAUACCAGCGAGACAAGAUAUAUCAGAGGUUCAGAUGAAGGUGGCCCUGCAAUCCAUCAUGUAUCACAUCUGAUGAAUUCCAAUCUUGCAGCUUUCCUGUUAGAACAUCCAACUGUUUAUGUAAGAUACCGAGCAUUCUGACUCCAACCACCAUCUUUGAAAUCCUCGGCCUUUAAAUGGUUAGAAUAUUAAAAAAUAGUGCGAUCGGCUUUUGCGAUGAAAUGAGGCUGUUCUGUAUCUUGUUCUUCGGUGGCUCUCAAUCGACAAUAGACAAUAGGUGCAGGAGAAGGCCAUUCGGCCCUUCGUGCCAGCACCGCCAUUCAAUGUGAUCAUGGCUGAUCAUCCCCAAUCUGUACCCCGUUCCUGCCUUCUCCCCAUAUCCCCUGACUCUCACCCCUUAACAUUGGACGUUCUUGCACCUAUGUACCUGCGGCAAAGAAGAUGAGCAUCUUAAUUUGAGCUCAAAGUUGUUGUAAUUUUAUUAUCCCAGCUUGGCCAAGUAUGAUUUCGAUGUAGAGCUGCACACAGUGCUAUUUCUUGCAACAUAUUCAGCUGGGAAAAGAUAUGCAUGACAGGAAGUAGCUUGUAAAUGGGAUUGAGGUUGGUAAGCAAUGGAAUAAGGAAAUGCGAGAGGGAUGUAGAAUUUAAUGUAUAGGAGUUUUUCUUACUGUGCAUGUGGGGGAAUGUUAUUGUGGGCUCUGUGAAAGGUUGUUGAAUUGAAAUUUGAAAUGGAGUAAUGUGUUUAUUGCAUUUACUGUUGACGUAUACCAGCUGAAGUCUUCUUCUUGCGUAUGGCGUGCCACAGCCUAAAGUUGUCGGACAACUUGUCCUAUUUGAUCUUAUUUGAUUGUGCAUGCCAGGUCGAUUGCAUUCGUCGAAACAGGGCGGACCACGUGAAGGUUGCAAUCUCCCACCCCCAGCUGAAGUGACAUAAGCAGUUCUGUGUAGCAAAUCGAGAUGUUUAAACUAUUUGAGGUUAUUUGUAACCGUUUUUCUAAUGGAAUACUGCACUAAUAUUUUAACACAGCAUUUCAAGACACAGGGCACCUUAACAGAGAGCGUCAGAUUCAGCGUGACAGCGGUAUUUCCACAUGUACAAAACACAUAAAUGUAUUUGCCUCCCUUUUUUCUGUUCUCUCGGUCCCUUGGUUGCCCUAUUCCUUGGUUAAACAUACAAGAUUUAGGCUGGUACCUGAUCUGCAACUGAGAUCCAAAUGUUUGCCCUUUAGUGAUAGGCAUACAUUAAAAUUCCGUCACAGAUGAUAUGAGACCAGAGAUUGAAGACUUGUUGGAUUAAUGAUUUCUUGAUAUUUCCACCAUCUUUGUGAGCAUCAUUUGCCAUUCCUAUCAUUGCUUUGCUGGUUUAAGAUGAGCACAAUUCUUGCUGCUUGGCUAUGAACUUGAAAGCUCUUUCAAUGAGGUGCCAGUCACGAAACGUUACAAUUGCCCUUGAUCAUUGGAUCUCUGGUUCUUUCAGCACCUGGAAAUUAUACUUUCAGCUCAGUUCAAUUAAACCAAGCUCAGAGCCAAAACCGUUUGUCAAGUUAAUUGAUGUCGUGGACUUGCCCAUCUCUUCGAGUGCACCUGUUUCAGAUGCAAAUCCUUGGUCAGGUCCUCGGGUAAAAAAAAAUAACAAGGUGCGUAGGCUUGAUCUGUAUUUUUGCAAAUUUAUUUGUUCGUAACUUGCAUCUGGGAGCCAGAAGAUGAUCAAACAGACCACAGAAAAGAUAGGUUAUACUUUUAAGUCCAACGAAGAUGAAUUAAUUAGUUCAAAGAAAAAGAAUUAGGGCAAAUAUUCAAAGGAAAAGCUCCUAGAGGGAGGAAAGGUGUGCGUUUAAAAAAAAACUGGAACAUUAGAGAUGCACCAGUUGUAAGCAUUUAAUGAGAAACAGUGAAAAGUUACUUGUAACCUCCAGAUAAAGUCUGUACUGCCUCUUAAAGUAAACGUCUUCUUCCUGUGAAUAGCAUUUAACUUUGUAUUAAACAAAUGUGAAGUAGUGUAACAAUGAAAUGCAAAAUGCUAUUAUUGUGACAAUGUCAGGCAAAGGAAGGCAGCUAUCACGGGAAUAUGGUGAGAUGUUGUGGAGCUUUGAUUUUAGGAACUAUUUAAGCAGGUUAUUUGGAGUCUGGCUUGCAUAGUCAUGACAUGGUGUGUCGUACAAUGGGCUUUCCCAAGCACCAGCCCUUUCUCGAACUGAAGUUACCAACUGCUCCUUGUAAAAUGAAGAAAUGCAACGGGCAUUAGGUAAAAGGGACCUUGGCAAGUGAUUUGAUAUAUUUUUCUGACAUUCCAUGAGUGAACUGUACAGAGCUUUGCUCUCUGGGAUAGUGUAGUGAGAAUUGACAAGUGCAGUUUGCAUGAUAUUUUGUUCAUAACAGUUAGCAAAUGGAAAAUGUACAGCGAGCAUUCACAGUUGGUGUAAUUGCAGCAUUAUUACUACAGUAUUGUAAUCUCUUGCAGGGGAAAGAAAUUGACACAAGGAAUGCAUUUUGUGUGAAGAGUUAAUGUAUGUUCUGCUUAUAGAUAUUGAAGAUGGAGUGUUUUAUUGGUGAGAAGUGUGUGUGAGUGAGUAUUCAGGGAAUGGAAUGUCUGUAAGAACUUAAUGGCACACGUUCUAUUUAAUAUUGAGAACACGUCUGAUCUCAGGUAUUUAAAACUUAAUGAGUUUUGUUGCCAACUGUACAUAUGUUGCGUUCCUGCAGAAUUUGAGAAAUAUUUGUAUGGGAAUUUUUUUAUAUUGUCAUAUAUUAAAAAUAUAUUUUUUUCUCAACAAUCUGCUCAGAAAAAUGUACAGAUCAUUUUAAUAAAUUUUGCUUCAAAC